ACCAAUAUAAAUAAUCCAUCGACGCCACAGCGCAGCUAGCGCCCCCACAAUGCACACUAAAGCUAGAUCACCUGUAGCACUCGUGCUUCUCGUCGUCGCCAUGGCGGCGUCGCCGGCGUUGGUGGCGGCGGCGGCGCAGCAGCAGCAGCUGGUGCCGUGCAUGUACAUCUUCGGCGACUCGCUGGUGGACAGCGGCAACAACAACAACAUCCUGAGCCUGGCGCGCGCCAACUACCAGCCCUACGGGAUCGACUUCUCCGGCGCGGCGCCGCCGGGGCGCUUCACCAACGGCCUCACCGUGGUGGACAUGCUCGCCGACAUGCUCGGCCUCCGCCCGCCGCUCAUCCCGGCGUACGCCAUGGCGCAGCCCGGCGACUUCGCCCGCGGCCUCAACUUCGCCUCCGGGGCCGCCGGGAUCAGGCCCGAGACCGGCAACAACCUGGGUCGGCACUACCCAUUCUCGGAGCAGGUGGAGCACUUCCGGGCGGCGGUGCGGCAGAUGGGGCCGAACGCCGGCUCGCCGGAGCGGCUCGGGCGGUGCAUCUUCUACGUCGGGAUGGGCAGCAACGACUACCUCAACAACUACUUCAUGCCCAACUACUACACCACCGCGCAGUCCUACGACCCGGCCGCCUACGCCGCCGACCUCCUCCAGGAGUACUCCCGCCAGCUCGCCGCCCUCCACGCCCUCGGCGCCCGCAAGUUCGUCCUCGCCGCCGUCGGCGACAUCGGCUGCAUCCCCUACGAGCUCGCCCGCAUCAGCAACAACCAAGACGACGAUGACGCUGCUCCUAGUAGCGAUUCCGGCACCGGCAUUAGCAUCUCUCUCGGCGGCGUCGGUCUGACCGUCGGCGGCGGCGGCGGCGGAGGGAGUACGCGAGCGGCGAACGCGAGCAGGAGCGGCGGCAAUGGCGGCGGCGGGGCGUGCAACGAGGAGAUCAACAGCGCGAUCGCCAUCUACAACAGGGGGUUGUUGUCCAUGGUGAAGCGGCUCAACGGCGGCGGCGGCGGGGGGAGGAUGGCGGGGGCGACGGUGGUGUACCUGGACACGGUGAGGACGGGGAGGGCGGUGGCGGCGAGCGCGGCGGCGCACGGGUUCGAGGUGCUCGACCGCGGGUGCUGCGGCGUGGGGCGGAACAACGGGCAGAUCACGUGCCUGCCGAUGCAGCAGCCGUGCGGCGACCGGAGCAAGUACGUGUUCUGGGACGCCUUCCACCCGACGGAGGCGGCCAACCGGAUCUACGCCGCCAGGGCGUUCAACUCCUCCGCCGCCGCCGGCGACGCUUACCCCAUCAACGUCAGCCAGCUCGCCGCCAUAUGAAUCCAAUGAUUAAUCUCGCUGACAUAUGAUCGAUCAUUGAUCAAUGCAUGCACUUACUUACGGCAAGAGCAGUGUAUCUCGGUUGGAAAGAAUUAAUGUUGUACCCCUCAUUCUCUAAAUGUUUGACGUUGUCGACUUUUUUAAA